GGCGGAGAGGCUGGGGAUGAGUUGGAGGCAGGCACAGUCUCAGCGCAGGGAGACAGGCUGCCGGAGACAGGCAGGGGGAGGCGGCGAGGCGCCCCGUCCGCCUCGGAGGAGGCCAGCCCCGCGCGGCAGCGAGCGGCGGGGGCCGGCGGGAGAUUACACUCAGUAUUCACAACUGGAAGGAAAGGCAAGAAUCUCUUGACUCUCUGGACUUCAAGGAAAUCAUUAUGUUGUAUUGGAUGAGUUUAAACUAGACAAGACUUCUUUAUGAAUCACUUCUGGAAAGUGAACGUGCCUGAGGAUAGAGGAACACAAGAGAGGAGAGACAAUUGAACAUCACCGUUGGCCAAGACCUGAAAAAAUGGUGCUGAAUGAACAGAGGAUUAGAACUUCAUUGUAAAAGGGAAAUAAAGUCUUGGCAGGCGAUUCGCUUCAUUUCCACAUUCAUCAUGGCCCAAAUCCUCUGGCUGGCUGGUUGAUGGGACUGUCCAACGCUUCCUACUUAGGUUCAGUGCAGAACCCUCUGUCUACAGAUCAAAAGACCUGGGAUCAGGUGGGAACUGGAUGGUGCCAAAUACAGGAAUGGAAAGAGAAAUGGACUCUGACAAGCUAAGAUGGAAGUGACUUGACAGCUUUAAGCUCAGCAGUUGUCUCCAGUAAGGACAGGUUAAGACGGGAAUCUCAAGCUUCGCUGGGUGAGCAGUAUGCAGGAAGCUGGUUUUCAGGCCACAAAUGCUUUCACAGAGUGCAAAUUCACCUGCGCCAGUGGUAAAUGCUUGUAUCUUGGUUCACUGAUUUGUAACCAACAGAAUGACUGUGGGGAUAACAGUGAUGAAGAGAACUGUCUGCUUGUAACAGAGCAUCCACCUCCAGGCAUCUUUAGCUCUGAACUGGAGUUUGUUCAAAUCAUCAUUAUAAUUGUGGUUAUAACUGUUAUGGUGGUAGUGAUCAUCUGCUUGUUGAACCAUUACAAACUCUCGACACGCUCCUUUAUCAGUCGACAGAGCCAAAGCAGAAGACAGGAAGAAACUUUGCAGACGGAAGGGUGCUUGUGGCCUUCAGAAAGCUCAGUUUCACGCCAGGGUGCUUCAGAGAUCAUGUAUGCUCCAAGGUCCAGGGACAGGUUUACUGCCCCAUCUUUUAUGCAGCGGGACCGUUUCAGUCGUUUCCAGCCCACUUACCCAUACAUGCAGCAUGAGAUUGACCUUCCUCCGACCAUCUCCCUCUCUGAUGGAGAAGAGCCUCCACCAUACCAAGGCCCAUGCACCCUGCAGCUCCGGGACCCAGAACAGCAGAUGGAGCUCAACCGGGAAUCCGUCAGGGCACCACCCAACCGAACCAUUUUUGAUAGCGACUUGAUAGACAUCUCCAUGUACAGUGGGGGCCCCUGCCCACCAAGCAGCAAUUCGGGCAUAAGUGCAACCAACUAUAGCAGUAAUGGAAGGAUGGAAGGACCACCCCCGACGUACAGCGAGGUCAUGGGGCAUUACCCGGGCUCUUCUUUUUUCCAUCACCAGCACAGCAACAUGCCUUCUUCCUCGCAGAGGGGGAGCAGACUUCAGUUUCAGCCGAACAAUUCAGAGAGCACAAUAGUCCCCAGCAAAGGCCAAGACCGGAAACCAGGAAACCUGGUCUAAAAGUUACUCAUAAGCCCAGGUGCAUUUGAACUGAAGACAAGAGUUUGAAGCAGGGCGGUGGAGGAAGAUCCCCCAUGCUCCGGUGCACAAUGUUGUUGCGUUUCACGUGGUACAACUUAGUAAAACCAAACGUGCAAACCAGUUCUUUGUUUCUGAUUCCUUUCAGGGGAAUUGCAUGCAAAGCAGAUUGAAAGAAAUACAAACUUCCAUUCAGUUUGUCUAUGAGCAGUGUUUCAGGGGAGAGGGGGGGAUAUAUUAUUUUUUUUUAAUAAACUAUUUCAAUUAUUUAAUUCUAAAAGUUAACUUAGCACAGAAAUAAGGCUUGUACAGCCUGUUUUAUACUCACUGAAUGGCAGAAAAAAGAAGGUGGUUUUGCCAGCAAAAUGGGGGAAGGAUUGGCCAGUUUGCUUUUUUUUUCUCCCAGGGUGUGGAUUUUUUUUUUAAAUAUGAAACAAAAUUCCUGUUUUGUGUGCCAAGGUAUAAAGUUGAGAACUUAGAUGAAUGCAAGGAAUUAAUUUGUGUUGUGAUAAAUGUGUUUUAAAAAGUUGCACUAUCUUAAUGUUUAAAACAAAAUAUAUAAGAGGGAACUGUUUUAUGUGAAGUUCUUCUAUAUGUUGUCUUUUCACCUGUGGAAUAAUGAUAGACCCUCAGAAUUAAUCUGGAGGAGUUUGCCCCCCUCCCCCUGGGUUUGCUAGAAAGAGGGGACAGGACUUAGCCUAACAUCUCUUGACUUUUACAAAUCAAGAAAUACAGGGACACUUGUCUUUGCAAUAAGUUGCAUUCAGAUAACAGUGCAUCAAUGAAGUGUCUUGGAGACUUUUGAAUGGAAGAAGGCGAAUACGAAAUCCCAGCGUUUUCCAUCACUUCGGGUUUAGCUGUUUUGCAGUGUAGACUAUUUGUUUCCUAAAUGGCAAAACAAAAUCCCAGAUGUGUUACUUUGUAUUGAUUCUAACUAAGUGCUGCCAUUCUUUUCAUAAUGCGGUAUUGCCAGUACUUACAGUUUUAGAGAUUUUUGUCCUCACUGUAGCCUGAAAUGUAUUUAGUCACAUAUCAUGACAUUAUGCAAUAAAUUGUUUAAAAAUGCAGGGUGGGAUUUUCCCCCCUGUGAUGCUGUUGAAAUA